AUGGCUGAAUUGCAUUUAAUAGGAGAAAUUGCUGGAGCUACAGGUUUCUUUGAAGAUAAUUUAUUUUGUUCGUUUCAUGUGGAGAAGGGAUCGCAUUGGACGCACGUCAGUGGUCUGGAAAAAGGACAAACACAAGUGAAUAAAAGACACUCGGAAGAACGAGUGAAUGUAUUUGCACACCCGAUCGAUAUUCAUUACUCAACCCCAACAGUAGUAGGAUGGCCCAAAAUUGUCAUACAAGUGUGGUAUCAAGAUAGCUAUGGACGAAAUGAUUUUGUUGCAUAUGGAGUUUUGAACGUUCCUUCCCAAGGAGGAUACUUUGAGUUGGAAUGCCCAACAUGGAGACCAGUAGGUUCCCUUAAAGAUCGAAUAUCGGAUUUCAUUGUUGGAGGAAGAAUGCAAGUCAAGGAUUUGUCGAUUGUACAUAACGGCGAGGACAGAAGGAAACUCACAACCAUUUCAUGCGGAACUGUUUACAUCAAGCUCUCGGUGUUGUUACGGAACUUUAAAAAGUAUGGAGUGACAACGAUACAACAAUGA